CUAUUGUAAGUCAGCCUUACUCGUAACGGUAGUCUAGAACUGAACUCACACAUCUGCUCAAGCUUCAUAGACAAACACACAGUAGAGGUGGGACUCAUAUUCACCCUAACCGAUCAGUGGGCCUUCAACGCAAAACAAUUAUAGAACUCCUGUUACCUUUCAUUUAAUUACAGUAAUUGCCAGGAGAAGACUUUGUCUGGAGCCUGUUGACCAAGGAUUAUUUUUUCACAAAACCUGUAGGACUCAUUCUAUCUGGAUCAAGCAUCUUAUUGCAGGAAUUCAAGAGAGACCAUGGGGAACUGCCCCCUCAAAUUCCGUACCAAACAGAGAUCUCAGGGUAACCCCAUUGCACCAGGCCUCCCCGCCUGCUCUGCAGAUAUGAACUUCGUUGUGUCUCUGCAUGACUUCCCCUGCUACGGCGAGGCCGGGUUCUCCCUGCAGGUCGGGGAGCGUCUCUCCGUCGUGUCUGAUGACGGGGAUUUCUUGAUGGUUAAAUCUGAGCGCACGGGCCACGAGAUCUACGUGCCCACCGAAUGCACGUCAAAAGUGAUAAACAGGUGGUUCUUUAAAGGCCUCAGCAGGUACAAGGCCGAGGAGCUGCUCAUGCAGACCCACAACUGCACCGGCGCCUUCCUGGUCCGGGAGUCAGAGUCCAACCCAGAUCAAUACUCGUUGUCUGUUUUAAAGAGACCCGAGUCGUACUUGGGCUCGGUAAAGCACUACCGCAUCAGCCGUAUCGCAAACGGCUGGUUCUACAUAGCCCAGAGGCUCACCUUUUCCUCCCUGCAGCACCUUGUUGAGCACUAUACUGAGUUCACCGAUGGGUUAUGCUGUACCCUGGAUAAGCCCUGCUUCAUCCUGGGUUCGGACAACACCUCCCUAACCAUCCCCACAGAGAGGAGCGUUCCUUUGCCGUUGGCGAUCAGAAGACCCACCAUUAACUGGAAGGACGUCACCAGGUCGAUGCUUUUCAGGGGAAACAGAGCGGAAUCAGAGCACUCUCUGGUGAGCGAUGGCCUGAGGGAAGCCAUCAGCUCCUACCUCUACAUGACGGAGAUAAAUGAGCGAGACUUCGUAUGAUGGAAGAAAAGACAUGAGAGAGACACGUUAUGUCAUGAGUGAGGCCAACCACAGAGGUCCACAGAAGAAAAGCUGGCCCUUUUUUUUUUUAUAAUUGUAUACCCUCUUGAGGAUGGGACCGCUCGAUAAGACACUACAUUUUUUGGAGUUAUAUUUCAAGAAUCUUUAUUUAGCAGAGAACUGACCAGGGGGCCUGAAUGUUUAUGGCUUUACAUUAAAGAAUGAAAUGUGAAUUAUGUGGAAUCCAAAUGGAGAUGUGGUAUUGGGUUGUUAUGCAAUGUCAUUGGUAUCCAAUUUGAUUUGAAAGUUAUUCAUAAUGCAUAGAGUAUACCAUCCUACCUAUCUCGUUGCAAGCAGGGUGUAAUACUUUAUCGAUUAAAUAAAGGAAUAAAUGCUUGAAA